UUUAAUUAAUAAUAUUAAAAAAGGAGUGUUAGUAUUUUUGUAAGGAAGGGAUGUCAUAUUUAUUUUACACUGUGGGCCCCGUACAGCCCACUUUGAUGGGGCUAGACCGUCGAGUAGGCCAGAGCAGUGAAACUCCCCUUUCUGUCAGAGCAGACACAUUUAACUAAACUUUUAAUCCCUGAGAUUAUGAUAAUAUAAGGAAAAAGUGCAAUUUCAUGAUAGAAUGUGUAAAAUAACAAAAGGUUCUUGUAGCUUAUUACCCAGAUUUAUAAAAUCUAAAAUUAUCAGGUUUAUAAAAUUUAACAACUUUAUAAAGUCUCGUUUUGUUAAUUCAGAUUUUUUUUCAGACCCACUUUAGAAAAACUAAAAUUUCUUCAGUAGAUGGUGAAGAAAUUGGUGAUGUGAUGGAAUUUUUGGUAAUUUCAUUAUUUAACUAUUACAUGCACCACACAAAGAUGAACUCCUUCAAAGCCAUCCAGUUAUUGUCUUUGCCAGGCUGGUUCUGACCCUCGCACCGUAUGUUUGACACCCCUGUAAAGUGAUGGGAGACCUCUAAUCUCUAAAGGGUUAUCUAAACACAUAUAUGCGGUCAAAAGAGUGGCUGGUAGGGUCUCACAUUGAGCCCACACAGAAAUCAGAACAACUUAAGUGUGCUUUAAACAAUGCUCAUCCAAAGUCUCUAAAGUUGUAGUGGAGAGAAGCAGAAAUGCAAUUGUUCAUCUGGUGUUUUAAUAAUAGUAGCAGAGUGCACUGACUGGGACGUUGGUCCAAAGUCUUCCAUAAGCGUUCAACUAGGGUUAAAAUUUUGGGAAUAUGAAGCUAUGCAGAUCACAUAAUUUUCAUGCUCGUCAAACCAUUUAGCGACCCCUCGUGCCCUGAGGAUAGAAGUAAAAUCAUGGAAGAGACCGCUUCCAUGUCCACAGGAAAAAGGCGAUUACUAAAAAAAAAAAAGUUAAUUAAAUUGUAAAUAUCUACAAGGGAAAAUGUAGGCCUAAACCAUGUCGGGGGAAAAACGGCAACAAACUGGAUUUUCUAAAUGCAGGGGUCAAAUAAUCGGAUCUUCCUUGAAUGUGUCAUUUGUUAGUUCCUGCCAGCACGGAGAAAGUUUACUUUACUGUUUUUGUCUUUGUUUUGUUUUGGCGGCGGGGGGUCUUAUCUUAGUUUAACUGAGCGAACUCAUUAAAUAAAUAAAUAAAUAAAAGAAAAAAACUGCAUCAACAAUACGGUUUGGACGUUUGAACUUUUCAACACCAGUUCUGACCCUUUAUGCUUACCGUAGUCUUAGCACAAUCAUGGCGACUGUCAUCUGACUGAAAAGUUUUGAUGUGAAACUUUUUGAACUGAUGUCUUUCACAGUCCCGCUGGCUGGCGUCAGAAUAACCCAACUGCGAUCGUUUAUAAUCGUGCCAAACGUCAGAUGGAAGAAUACAAACAAGUGACAUCCAAGAUGUGAGCGUUUUGACCGCUGACACUAACCGUCCUGAAGAUGUGCCGCUGAGGAGCUAACGCCAGCUAAGUUAGCUACUUUCAACAAGUUAGCCCGCUGGCUAAACCGAGUUUGAAUGUCGCGGGAUUUCAGAUGUCACAGCGGACAGCAGACCGGGUAAUAUCUGACUUAAAUGCCAUUUUUUAGUUUCAGGUCGUUGGUAUUUAAUUUAAAAGGAAAAUGUGUCGUUUUCUACGUUACUGUGUCAGUCACUGCCUUCACGCAGCGAUGACCCGGCUGGAGGAAGUCAACGGAGAGAUGAGCAUGUGGUCAUCAGUCCGGUGGCUAGGCUACUUGUCCGGGCUUAACCUGCUCGUGGCCCUGUGCAUAGGUCUCUAUGUCCGGUGGGAAACAAGCGCGGAGUCCGCUCUUCUUGUCAUUUUUGUUUUGGCCCUGGUUGUCCUUGGAAUAGCCAUUGGCCUCUACUACUUCAGUAUGGAGAGGAUGAGCCUCAGCAUCCUCCACCUGUGGUUCGGUUUUUUGCUGGGUCUCCUGUGUUUCCUCAACUCCCCCGCCCUGGACGUCGACGUCAGGGAGCAGGUUACCAACUACCUGCUGCUGGCCAGCGUGGCUCUGAGGACACUGUGGGCACUGCUGGAGAGACUGGUUGGAUGUGCUAGGUAUCGCCCUGCCUUCUUGACCUCCGCGGAGCGCCUGGAGCUAGCUGGCUUUGCGAUCGCCAGCACCGCGCUGCUCAUUCAGAAGUCCCUGAGCGUGAUGGUGCUCGUGGUCGCUCUGGGCACGGUCAUGGUUGCGCUGCGGAUGAAGGCGCUCCUGGCGCUGGCCAACCUGGCCUGCUUCGCUGUCAUCACUGCCGUGCUGUUCUUUAAGUCUCUGAACAUUACCACCAACCCGUUCGCCCUCUCCUGCUUCUUCAGCCAGCUCAUCUGCGACCCUCUGCUCGAUGUCUACUUCAGCGGCCUCUCUGUGACCGAGCGCUGGCAACCGUUUCUGGUGUGGAGGGGGCUGUGGCGCCGGGUCUCCCUCCUGCCCCUGCUGGCGGUGGAGGUGAGCUUCAUCGUCCUUUCUGCUGGGAGACUUUUAGACCAGGAACAGUGGUACCGCACGAUCCCAGCCUUCGUGGUGUGUGCGCUCUUCUGGGGUAUUUGCCACAUGGUGUUUGUCAUCACUGUGUGGGGUUUUCACUCUAAGCUCAGCGAAUGCCAGAGGCUGUGCUGGUCGGAGGUCAGCGGCCUGGACAAGGUGAUGGCCUCCAAAGGCAUGCGACAUUUCUGCCUCAUCUCUGAACGCCUGGUGUUCUUUACUCUGGUGUCCACGGUAGCUGUGGGUGCUCUGUGCUGGCAGCAGGCCAAAAACAGUUUGUUUGUGAGCACUUUCCUGCUCAUUCUGCCCCUGGAGUCUCUGUUCCAUGGACUCUUCCAUGAGCUCGGGAACACCCUGGGAGGAACAUGCGUGGGCUAUGCAGUGGUCAUUCCCACCAACUACUGCAGUCCUGACGGUCAGCCGAUGCUGCUGCCUCCAGGCCAGGUGCACGAGUUGAACAGGCGCUCUACGGGUAUGUUGAACAACGUGCAGCGCUUCUUUGCCCACCACCUGAUUGAGACGUUUGGCUGUGACUAUUCCACCAGCGGGGUAACCCUGGAGGCUCUGCAGUCCAAGAUGAAAUCCUUUCUGGACCUCCGCACCCCAGACGGCCCACGCCACGACACCUACGUAAUCUUCUACAGUGGCCAUACGCAUCGCACUGGCGAGUGGGCGCUGGCAGGUGGAGACACUCUACAUCUGGAUCACAUCUUGGAGUGGUGGAGGGAAAAGAACACCAACUUCUGUUCUCGCCUUGUUGUGGUGCUCGACUGUGACAACUCUCUGCCAUGGGUGAAGGCGGUUACGAAGGUGGAAAAUCUGUAUGUUGCCAUCCAGGGAGCGACGCUCUUCAGAGCGGCGGACGUCGAGCUGCAUGACCUGCCGCAGCUCGGAGACUUCACCUCCGAGUGGGUGGAGUACAACUGCAACUCAAACAGCAACAUCCAGUGGUCAGAGAGGGGCAGGGCGGUUUCUGCUGCUUACGGCAUCUCCAAACACUGGGGCGACUACACGCUGCACCUACCAACAGGAAGCGACGUCACCAAUCACUGGAGCAUGUACUUCCCCCGGGUUACCUAUCCCGUGGUCCAGCUGGCCCUGUGGUGCGGCAACCUGAACCUGCUGUGGACCUGCAGCGCCUGCCUGCGAUGUCUCAAGAGACUCAAGCUCAACUGGUUUCCACCAGCAAUACUGGACACGGGGCAGGGCUUCAAACUGGUCAGAUCAUAGAAAUAUGUGUGAACCUGUUUUUAUUUGAAGAAUAUAUUUCUAAAAUAUAUUUUCUAAAGUUUUUGUUUGUUGUUGUUAGGUUUGGGGGUUUGUUUUUUUUUUUAAAUUCUUUUUGUAUCCCAAAGACGGGCAGCUGUUGGAUUAUAAGAUUGUUAACCAGAAUCCUUUCAAGUUACUUUAAAAUAAGCCAGUUACUGAUUGGGAUGUUGAUAAAGUUAUUAUUUAAAGUGUCUGAAAAGCAGUUCUGUUAAUGUGUGACUGGAUUCGAAGGUCUUAUUCUUUCUUCUCCAGACAUUAGACAAAUACACAAUGCAAGGUGAGACUGAACAUGGACCCUAUUUUGCACAUUUUAGCACCGUAUUGACUGUUGGAUCUGAGCCACCUCAGUUUUCUGCACAUUCACACAGGUGCCUUUUAGCUUCACCAAAACUCAGACUUGCUAGGCUGAUUGUUUUUAACCUUAAACCAAAGAGUCGACGGUACGUUUUCAGAGGAGGAUCUCAGGCAUAAAAGCUGUUCUCUGCACUCUUCAGCUGCAGGUUUUGCUAUUAUUAUUCUGUUAUGAUGAAAUGAUUCCUCGUACAUUUUUCUGCACUCCUACAAAUAUUUUGUCACUCGUUGCUUACUGUAUGCUUGAAUGCACUGCUUUGUCUGUUCUAAACAAUAUUUUAGAAUGCCUUUUACCAGGUGAUCCACUCCUGCUGCUUCAGGGAGUCCUCGAAGACUUAAUUGUACCAAUGCACUACAAGCCAGGUACCGGAAGACCUGCAGUCUCUCUUGUAAUGGACCACAGGAAUUUGUUUUCUUCCUGGGGGUUUAUUACAGUUCACUGAACUAUGCAACUGUAUGCCAAUAGGCUGUGUGUGUGUGUAGAAAGGGAUUCAUGGGAAGAAAACCUGUUGGAGCUAUGCAAUAAAAAGUCAAAUAUCACUCUAAUGUAUGAACUUGCUUAUCUCCUUAUAUUAUUUUUUAAAAAGGGGUAUCAUUUCAUCCAUCUCCUUAGUCUUGUCCAGUUCAAAGUUGCAGAGGUGCUGUUACUCAUCAGUGCCAUUGAGUCCGCUUGGAUUCUGCUUAUUUAUCAGUUCUGAUUACUGAGGUACCACUGUUGUUCUUUCCCAAAAGGAACAGAUAGUCGUCAGGAUAUUUUAUUCUGGUGGAUUGGAUAGUUUGGAACUGACAAAUGUUGAAGACUUCUUUUUUGCAUGCCCACUAUCUUGUGAUAAUUUGGCAGCAGCGCAAUGGUGAUACUAUUUGCAAUGUUUAUCUUGUGUAAAAUCCAUAAUCACAAGUAACUUUAUAGAAAACUGAGGAAUCUGGAAAGCUGGCAACAUUUCAAAUUUCAGAAGAGAAAAAGUGUGCAUGCCACAGAUGUGUGACAAAGCAUUUUAGUAGUUGCUUCCCAAGUUUUGUGGUAGUUUCCCCCUUGUAGACGCACAUGUCCAGCCCGUCUAACGAGUACAUCAAGAGCAAAACAGAAAGAUUUGAUGGAAUUUGUUUCCAUGGUGACACUGUAUACAAACUUACCAAGCAAACUUUCUGCCCUUACAACAAAAAAAACAACAAACUCUGGAAUAGAUAUUACAAAGGACACAAUACUUACCUAUAGUAUUACUGAUGGGUGGUCACUAACUGCAUUGAAGCACCAACAGUUAAUUCAAGUUGAGGCAGUUAUAACAUCUGUCACCUGAUUUAUUCAGGAAAAAAAGACUGUGCAAAGUUCAGUUUUUAUUAUUUUAUUGAAAACAUUAUAAAAGUAUGUGUUGCAGCAGCAGCAUAUUCACUUUUUAUGAUCAACAUCUUCACAUUUACACAAUCCAAGUUGAAAAUGGCAUUUACAGCAAGCAGUCAAUGAUCAAUCUCCAGGAGACAUGACUGCACAGGGCAGAGAUAACGAGGCAUCUACUGCCCCCAUGAGGCUGCAAGUGAAACUAAACUGAACCGCAAACACUAAAGUUCCUGUUUUUGUUGUUUUGUUUUUUUAUCCCACUUUGAUCCACACUGCUUCUACAUGUUCAAGUUAUUUUUUUAUAAUUCACUUGUUUCUAAUGCAGAGCUGAUGUGCAAAUUCAUAACUUGGGUUUAAGUUUUCAUUUCAAACAAAAAACAGUUUUGACCAAUUCGAGGCACGAACACAGGUACACAGUGGAUACCCAGCCCGUGUCUGAAAGUAUCUGAUAGAGAAAAGGAAAGAAAAGAAAAAACCCUCAAGCAGCCGAAUUAGCACAGCACAGGUUAAAUAAGCACAAAAUCUGAAAUAUCAGCUAAACAUUAGUUUGAAAUUCACACAGAAAUCGCUGCAGUCAGAGCAAGAGCCACAACACUCAAACCACUGACAGAUGAAGUGAUUAACAUCGGUCACGUUACAAGGCAAUUGUCUGCUGGGAAACCCUUGAGUCCAUCAAUAAGUAACUCCAUCAUGUACUUCCCAACUAAACAUUUCCCCCAUAAACAGGGGCCUCCCUCAGAAGGUCAAACUGGAGGACCCACAAGACCCAAAGAAGACCUUAUUAGCAUCCCAGUGGUUUAAAUGUUGCGGCAGGAGGUGCAGCCUUGCAGAAUCAAUGUUCAGUUUAGUGUUUGUGACCCUCUAAUCUGAACAUCUGAAUCUGCUGGAUUACAUUCACGAGAAAACGACUGCAGCCUCACUAAAACAGACCAGAAUUUGGAUCUCAUUUCACAGAUAUCAUUUAUGUAGCACAGAGUCACCGGGACACUGUGAGGAACACAGAUUUAACUGAACCCCAAUAGUCACAGGACACGCACGCAAUGUUUUGGUAACAGUGAGAGUUUGGAGUGAAACUGGAACAUGCUGAUAUUUCCAGCUUUUUCAGUUUGACCACCUAAAUAAUUUUAAUGUAAAGCUUAUUUUUAUUUUGAAACACUUUCAUGUUUCACUAGAGCAGCAAUUAACACUUGUGUUCAUCAUCAGAUUAAUCUGCUGAUCAUUUUAAGAAAAUGUGUAAGCAAGUAGUGAUGGGAUGUUUUCAGGAUGAAUUCAUUAUCAGCUGACUAAUCGUGGCAGCUCUACAUUUAGCAGCUGUCACCGACACAGAUCAAAAGCAACUAAGACAAUUCCUCAUAAUUAGGACUUUUUAGCUGUAAUCGUGGCUGUACAGGUGAAUUUGGUUUUAGCCGCCUGACCUCCAGGUGACCUUUUGUAACACUAUAACUAGACGCAGACACUGACGAUGCUGAAACUCAGAAAGAAUCAAAACGAGCAGUUUGAGGUGCAUGGUACCUCAUGGUGGAUGGUACUUAUGGCUUUAGCAAGAACCAGAUCUUAAGCUUUGGCUGAUUGCAUGUGCAAUAUGGUGACCCUCGCAAAGCUGAGAAGAAAAAAAAAAAAAAGAAAUCAUAAAAACCCCCAAAAUGUAAAACUGGAAGAAUGU